AUGCAAUCGCACCAAAAAACCAUCGCCAUGUCGAGACUUUUACCAACAUUUCUCUUUCCAGAACGAUGUGAAUGGGCGGGAUUCGGUUCAAACAUCCGUCUCCGACGCAGAAAAAGACACCAUCGUAGCCUCUAG